AUGGCUCGCAGAGGAUCCGCCGCGAUCGCCCUUGCAGGCUGCCUGCUGCUCGCCUCGCUUUGGCACCUCCGCGACAUCACGGGCUUUGUGGGCAGCACUGCCGCAAGGGCAGGUCGCAAGCCGAUUGUGCAGACCAAUGCCGUCGACAAGGCGAUGAAGGAGCGCAUCGCGUCCGUUGCGAAGACGGGCAAGCUCACAGAGGCCAUGCGCCUCGUCGCCGCCGCCAAGGUGCGCCGCGCGCAGGCUGGCGUGGAGAAGGCCAGGCCAUUCAGCGACGAGCUGUCCUCCAUGAUCAAGGGCUUGGUCAAGAAGCUGAAGGGCAGCGGCCUGGAGUCGGAGCUGCCGAUGCUGCGCGUGCCCGAGAAGGUCAGCAACGUCGGCAUCGUUCUCAUCACCUCCGAUCGCGGCCUCUGCGGCGGCUACAACGCAAGGAUCAUGAAGAAGGCGGCUGCUCGCAUUGAGGAUCUGAACAAGGAGGGUAUCGUGCCGAAGAUGAUCAUCGUCGGCAAAAAGGCUUUGUCUGGUCUGAACACCAAGCUGAAGGAGGUGAAACUGAACUACACCGGGACUUUCAUCAGAAUGCCUGACUCCAUUACGUCCUCCGCGAUCGCUGAAAUUGGCGACGAGCUCAGGAACCUCUUCCUGUCGGGAGAGGUGGACAAGGUGGAGGUUAUCUACGCCAAGUUCAUUAACCUGCUGUUGAACGAACCGCAGGUCCGCACCGUGCUGCCGCUGAGCCCCACUGGUAUCGAGGAUCCUGACGACGAGACCUUCGCCCUUACCUCCGAGGACGGCAAAUUGUCCGUGAAGAAGGAGAAGGUGAAGAAGGUGGAUGCCAAGGAGAUCGAGUCUGACGUGAUCUUCGACCAGCCCCCGGAGGUUAUCCUGAAUUCCAUGCUGCCGCUGUACCUGAAUUCGCAGCUGCUCUCCAUGUUGUUUGACGCCCAGGCUUCCGAGCUCGGGUCCCGCAUGACCGCGAUGAAGGCGGCCACGGACAACGCAAAAGACCUCGGGGAGAGGCUCACCAUCCUCUACAACAAGAAGCGCCAGGCCGCCAUCACCCAGGAGCUCUGCGAGAUCACCGCCGGAUGCCUCUGUGUCGAGCAGAAGGGCACGCGCAGCGGAACCAUGCUGGGCGAGUUCGACAACGAGGACACCGUGGGCGCGGACUUCAUGACGGAGCUGGAGGACGGCUCCAUCCCGGAUGCUCCCGUGAGCCCGGACCUCGACAGCGACAUCAGGAUGUUCACGGGCGACACGCUCAAGUGA